AGAAUCGCGCGACGCCAUGCACUUUUACUAUCUCAAAUCAAUCCUCGAUACAUCAGUGAUGACGAAACAGAUUACGAAACUCGCGGUGGACCUUCGAGACCAGUCCACCGCGCAAUUUUCAUCAUCAAGGAAGCGGCAUGGAUGAGCGUAUCGCUGCGAAAUCUCCUACGAAGUAUCGAUCAAGAGCACGAGGCGCAUCGAGGUCGGGGACGGAUGCGUAAGAGGAUUCCCCCGGCGCCUGGAGAAAGCAAGCGGGACAACGGCGCUCCACAAUACCUCCCAAGGCCAUGCUAUGAUGAAGAUUGGCUGAAGAAUUUGACCAAAGACCAGCAAGAUCGCCUGCAGAUAAAAGACCUGAUAUAUGAUUUCACCUUGUAUGAUCCUUCAGAACUGGCGAUCAGCGGUGAGUGUUGCCCGAAAUCCACUCCCAUAUUUCCAAGUGCGUCAUAA